GAUCGAAGACUGGCCACCAUCAUCGCUGUUCGUUCUGAUGGCACCAAGUCUCGAGUUCGAAGAGGAGUCGAUGGGGCCACAGCCUCCCUAUUUCUCUUCGUUGUUCCUUGCGUGCUGCUGGAGGGAUCUCCUACCUCAGAGAAGAGAGGGGUAAUGCUCGAGUCGUGGGACUUCAUCUCUUUCUCUCCUGCUCGAGAUGUGGGUUCUGCCAAUAGAAUAUGGACAUUCUUUGUGUUGGAAGAGUCUUCGCAUGCGGCCUCAUCACACCCACCCCCGUCACAAGGCGAACAUGUCAUCGAACAGUAAACCGACGUCCUUUCCAUGAGUCCACCAACCUUCACCAUCGAAAGAUAAAGAGUAGCAAAUUCCUACUUUCGAUAUUGGUAAUAUUAACUUAUUUGUGGGGGUAAUAAUGAGAAGGUAACAUCAAAUUAAUCACCGUAAUAAUAUAAAUUACUCAGGUAAUCUAUGCGCUGGAAACGUUUUGGUUUCCUUGUUGGUAUUUAUUCCAACUGUUGCCGUUUCCGAAUUAAUCACCCCAUCAAUUGCGUAUUUAUUCUCCCAGUUUGUCUCCGAGAUGUUUUCAUGGACCCACAUCUCCACCCGGAGGGUUCCGUGCGUGGCCCACUUUGUCUUCGAGCGUCAGUGGGACACGAGACAGCGUUCCAUUAUCUCUACGAAUCCCAUCGUAGCCGUUAACUCAAUGGAUUCCUACUCGAGAUUCGUGACGUAACGAGAAAGGGCCCUCGGCAACAAAUCUGAGCCGUACGCGCCUCUGCUGGCUUAUGUUUUCGUCACCUGCUUCGGUUUCUCUCAUUAUUAAUGCGAACAACCCCGUCAGUCUUCUUCCGUUCUCCUCCUCCGUCGUGGCUGUGGGGUUUUAGCGGUGAAGCGAUCGAGUCAGCGGAGAGGGGACGAGGAGAGGUCGAACGCGAGCUACGUUUAAGGGGCGGUUUGGAUUUAUGUCGUCUGGUCCCUUCGAUCUAUUGUUUCUCGGUGCUGGAAACUUGGGAGCUUUGGAUCGGCUACUGUGUGCUUCUGGUGUCAUCGCUGGUCUCUCCCUCUUUCUCAUCCUCUCCUUCGUCUCCUACUCUUCCCAGUGGCCGAAGAGGAGGGAUUCGAUGCAAUAUGCAAGGGCUGGUUUUGGAGUGACGUAUUUCGGAUUUCAGCAUUCAUAUCUGUGUUGUUUCCGAUUCAUCUUCUUGAGAGUAACCCUUACUUGACGGAGAGAUCCAAAAAAGAAAAGCCCACCUUUUCGUUUUAUUUUUCCUUUUUUUUUCGAUUUUGAGAGGAGAAAUGACGCCCUGUGAGCGCUUGUGUGGGAAACAGCAUCAUAAGCCGCUGAGGAGGAGGGGGAAGAAGCAACGCCACCGAACCGAUGCCGCUUCCCAACUCCAAUCCAGACUACUCGCAAGAAGAAUCCGCGUCGUCUUCGACGAUCCCGACGCCACGGAGUCGAGCGACGACGAGGGGAUGAACUACUCCUGCCGAAAGAAGAGGGCGAUUCACGAGUUCUCGGUGCUUCCCACAUUCCCUUUGUCGCUCUUGCAAGCCUCGUCGGAGGAGAGCAGCGGAAGGAAACCCAAAAACUCCCGGAGGCCGAAGGUCAUAACACUCGGCUCGGUGAAUUCGACUUCCGGCACCUCCCCCGUCAAGUUUAAGGGGGUCAGGCAGCGUCCUUGGGGGAAAUGGGCGGCCGAGAUCCGUGACCCCAUCCGCGGCGUCAGGAUUUGGCUCGGCACUUACGACACCGCGGAGGCAGCCGCCGCAGCUUACGCGGCUGCUGCGCGCCGCUUUCAGUCUGAGAAGAAAAUCCUCGCCGCCGACGUGUCCUCCAACUCCACCACCACCUCCACGUCAUCCUGUGUCUCGAUGCACUCCGACGCCGUGGCUGUGGCGGCGCCCCCCUCUCCCUCAUCCGUGCUCGACAUCUCCGCAUCCGCCAUCGCGGAGUAUAGCCAGGUGUCGCCCGAGAAGACCGCCCCGGCAGGAGCAGAGCGGUGCUUCUCGGAGCUCUUGAUGGAGCAACAGCUGGCGUCCCCCUUCUCGUUGGAGUCGGCGUUCCCCUUCGAGUCGGACCCGUUUCUCGAGUCGGUGCUGCUCGACGAGGAGUUCGUGCCGCUGGAGUGCCUCCCCGUCUUUGAUGACGACAUCGUCGGCGAUGAUUUUCCCAGCCUCGAGGCCCUCAGCCAAUUGAUGGACUUCGAUCUAUGAUAGCGUGAAGAUUUUGCAGCUUAGUCUCCAGCAUCACUGCUACCAUUAUUUAUCUCAGCAAGAAAGAGAUGUGUUUUUCGAGAUUUUCGUUCAAUUUUGCUUCGUGAGUGAGGACUCUUGGGUUUUUCCGGAGCUGUAAGAGCCGCCCCCAAGAAGACGACUUUUCCUUGUCAUUGCAUGUUGGUCUUUUUCUCUAAAACAUAGUCUUGCUUUCGUUCGGCUA